AUACAGUUUCUUUAGAGUUUACAAGUAGCCCUUUAGUAGAAUUCGAAACUGCAAAUGAAAGUAUAAAUUUAUUGACUAUUGAAGCAGAUGAAGCAACUGAGGAAAUGGAACCGGCUGAAACACAUCUCAACAAUUACGCCAAAGCUGUGGGAUUCACUUUAUGUCGAAAGCGAGUAGUAACGGAUAGUAAUGGAGAAGUUCGACGACAUACAUUUGAGUGUUCAUGUUCUGGGGAAUCAGUUAGCAAUCAAGUUAUAGAUCUUUCUAGACAGCGUGAUCGUGCUUCAAUAAAGGUUUCAUGUUCAUGGCACAUUAAUCUAUAUAAACAAAAAUUAUCACCGAAUGUGACUAUUACAAGUAUAGUGGGGGAGCAUAACCAUCAGUUGCAACCAGAUGCCGCCUUAUUUGCUCCAAAAUACAGAAAACUUUCUUCGGAAAUUUUGGAAACAAUAGAGUUUUACAUUACAAAAGGCAAUAUGGGAUCCAAACAAAUUUUACCUCUAUUAACCGCGCAAUUCUCUAAUCAUAUAAUUCAUAAAUCUGACCUAUAUAAUGCUGUCCAAAGGUUUAGAAGGCCAAUAAAUCAACAUCACGGUGAAGCUCAAAAGUUUGUUGAAUGUUUGUUACAGCUAAAGAAUCAGGAUCCUGGGUGGAUUGUUCAUAUUAGAAUAGACCCAUAUGAUAAUCGGUUGUUAGGAGUGUUUUGGAU